AUGGGGAAUCUGCUGCUGGCCCUGCUCGGGGCACUGAUGCUUUUGGCACAGACAUGCAGUGUCCUGGCCUGUUCCUCUCCCCUCUAUUCUUAUACCACCCUGCCCUUGCCAAGCAUCCUUAGGGGGGUGGCACUGGGCCCAGUAACCUCUGAGCCCCCUGGUUUGCCUGACCCCAAACCCCCAGGUGGACUCUGUGUGAACCACGAGGAGAGGCUCAUCCACCACCUGUUCGAAGAGAAGGGCUAUGACAAAGAGUUGCGCCCUGUGGUCUCCACUGACGAGGUUGUAGAUGUCUACCUGGCCCUCACCCUCUCCAACCUAAUCUCACUGAAAGAGGUGGACGAGACACUCACCACCAACGUAUGGCUCGAGCACGGCUGGACUGAUUACCGCCUGCAGUGGAACAAAUCUGAGUUUGGGGGCGUUGAGGUGCUCCGCCUGCCACCAGACAUGCUGUGGCUGCCAGAGAUAGUCCUGGAGAACAACAAUGAUGGGCUCUUCGAGGUUGCCUACUACUGCAACGUCCUCAUCUACGACACGGGCUAUGUCUACUGGCUGCCACCUGCCAUCUUCCGCAGCACCUGCCUCAUCAACGUUGAUUUCUUCCCCUUCGACUGGCAGAACUGCUCCCUCAGAUUCAGGUCGCUGGCAUACAGUGCCCUGGAGAUCAACAUGCACUUGAAGACAGACAGUGACCCAGACACAGGGAAGUCUUACCCAGUGGAGUGGAUCAUCAUUGACCCUGAAGGCUUCACAGAGAAUGGGGAAUGGGAAAUCAUCCACCGCCCAGCCCGUAAAAACAUCUACCCUGACAUUCCCCUGGACACCAGUGAGCACCAGGACAUCACCUUCUACCUCAUCAUCAAGCGCAAACCGCUCUUCUAUGUCAUCAACAUCGUCAUACCCUGCAUCCUCAUCGCCUUCAUGGUCAUCCUUGUCUUCUACCUGCCCGCUGACAGUGGUGAGAAGAUGACCCUGGUAAUCUCAGUGCUCCUGGCCCAGUCUGUCUUCCUCCUGCUGAUCUCCCAGCGCCUGCCUGCCACUUCCCAUGCCAUCCCCCUCAUCGGAAAGUAUCUGCUUUUUAUCAUGCUUCUGGUGACAGCCGUGGUGAUCAUCUCCGUCGUGGUGCUCAACUUCCACUUCCGCACCCCCAGCACCCACAUCAUGUCUGACUGGGUCAGAGAGGUCUUCCUGGAGAGCCUGCCCCGGCUGCUGGGCAUGACACAGCCGUCCGAGAGCCCGGCGGGUGCCCCGUGCAUCCGGCGCUGCAGCUCGGCCGGCUACAUCGCCAAGGCGGAGGAAUACUUCAGCGUCAAGUCCCGCAGCGAGCUCAUGUUCGAGAAGCAGUCAGAGCGGCACGGGCUGACCAGCCGCAUCACCCCUGCCCGUUUGGUGCCGCUGGGCAUGGACUCAGGCGAGGAGAAGCCCUAUGAGCACAUCAAACCUGUCAUUGACAAUGCCAACUACAUCGUCAAGCACAUGAGGGAAGAAAACAGCUACAAUGAGGAGGUCGACAACUGGAACCGCGUGGCCCGGACCCUGGACCGCCUGUGCUUCUUCAUCAUCACCCCCACACUGGUGGUGGGCACCCUCUGGAUCUUCCUCAUGGGCAUCUACAACCACCCACCACCACUGCCCUUUUCUGGAGACCCCUACGACUACCGGGAGGAGAACAAACGCUUCAUCUAGAGGGGUGUGGGGAUCCCAUGGGCCAGCCUCUCCCCACCUGUCUUGGUUUGGGAAAAUAAAGCUGAGUACUU